GGAGAAAUGAAGAAGGAGGAGGAAGAAGAAGGAAGGGAAGGAGGAAGAGGAGAAGGAAAAGAAGAAAUAUUAAGAAAAGAUUUUCACUGAAUUUCCAGCGUUUUAAAAGGUGUACAAGGUGCUGGCUUUCAAGGGCUCCUCCACACCUACAGACACACGCACACACCACCAGAUACAGGAAGCUGUGGACCUCUGGGUAUGGACGCUGUGGGCAGCUUGGUCACGGCACGACAGAUAAUUGCCCCAUUCCUCGCACUGUGCUUGACCUGUGUGGCUCAGAGGUCGGCCAGGUCGCCUGCGGGAGAGGUCAUACCCUGGUCUACAUCCCCUCGCAGGGCCACGUGUAUGCAUUUGACCAGGGGCUCUCAGGGCAGCCGGGCACCAAGACUCCACACAGCAGGGAAUUACCUCAAGUGGUAGUGUGCCCAUGGCUGUCCCCAGGGGGUGCCAGCCUGCUAGACUAUGCAGAGGAGGACAGCCCCAGUGUGUGUUUGAGGCAGAUCUUCGCUGGGGGGGACGUCAGCAUGGCCACCGUCAGCAGGGAGAGUGGGGGUGCUGAGGACUUUUGCAGCCCUCCCCUACCCCGACCAAAUGCCCUCUCUCUCACAAUUCAAGAACAUAUGAUUAAGAAACUUCUGUCAAUUGAGGAAGAAGACAUGAUUGAUGACGAUUUGUUUACGUACACAGAGACAGUGUUUGCCUCAGUGUGCGCUUGGAACAGCUCCUUCACGCUUGCUGGCUUGCACAAACACACACACGGGCUGGACUACCGUUUGGCUGAGGACUGUGUGGCUCAGAUUGGCCGGAUUGCAAGGGAGACCAUCCAGGAAGUGGCGAGUUCGUACUGGCAUUCAAAACGUGGCCAAGAGUCUUCCUUCGCAUCCCCCAGCCAGGACACCUUACGCUGUUAUGUCCUUCUUCCCCUGUACAAGGACUUCACUGACCCUAAACAAACGGCCAAACUCCAAACGCCGUAUGCUGAAGGAGUGUUGAAGCUUGGCAAGGAGAUGGCGGAGGUGUUCAAGAGACCGGCGUGCCCUUGUGUCUUCCCUGCGGCUGUUGUCCCUGGUCCACGGUCUGAACUUCCAAGCCGGCUGCCGAGUGGGGCGGUUGAACUACGACGACUUUUACAUCCCAGAAAUUGCAGAGAAAAUUGAUAUUAGGAAUGAUUACUUGAACUGGAUGAACAGCAGUGAUCCUCCACUCACCUCCACGCAUCUCCACAGGUCCACUUCAUCGGGGAGGAGGCGGAGGAUGCAGGUGGGGUACGGAAGGAAUUUUUGUUGCUCCUCCUAAGAGAUAUUUAGAAUCCAGACUGUGGUAUGUUUGCUGAGUUCCCCGACACAAGAAGGAUUUGGUUCAAGGAGGGAGCUCUGGAGGCGGCUGCUACCUAUGUGUUGAUUGGUGAGGCCCUGGGGGUGUCCGGGGGAGUGCAGGGAAGUUUAUGGGGGUCUGGGGAGCAUCUGGGGGUGUGUGGGAAGGCUUAUUAGGUCGAGGAGCUCUUCAAAUUGACAAACGCUUGAAUUUAUUGGUCAUAAUCUGUUAAAACGCCCUUUAAAAUAGAUAGAUCUUUUCAUUUAGGGUGUUUUUGGUGUGUUUGUGGGAUGUCUUGGGGUGUAAAAGUGUGUUUUGGGGUGAAAAUGUGUGUUUUAUGGGUGUUUUUGGGGAGAAAAUGUGUUUUGCAGGUAUUUUGGGGUGAACAUGUGUUUUGAGAAUGUUUUUAGGGUGAAAAUGUAUGUUUUAAAGAUGUGCUGGAGAUGCCAGUGUGUGUGUUUUUAGUGUUUAAAUGUUUUCAGGGUGAGAGACUGUGUUUUUGUAAUGUUUUGGUUGUGGAAGGUGUGUUUGGGGUGAAAAUGUGUUUUAUGGCUGUUUUUGGAGUGAAAAUGUGUUUAGGGAUGUUUUGUAAAGUGAUUUUGGGGUGGAAAAAUGUGUUUGGUUUUCUUGUACAAUAUAGAAAAGUGUGUUGAGUGAUUUUUUUGAGUUUCAAUGUCUGUUUUUGGGUGUUUUGAAUUGAUAGACUGAUUUUUGGGGUGUUUUUGGGGAGUUUCACUGUUUUUUUAGGGUGUUUUGGAAAAGAAGUGUGUAGUUGUGUUUUUUCAUGCUGUUUGUUGAGUGAAAGACUGAAUUUUUGUGCUUUUUGAAGACAAAACACUAAUUUAUACAUUUUAAAGAAUGAUAGGUGUAUUUUAUCUCCUACUACUACCACUUCUACUACUACUACUUCUACUACUACUACUACUACUACUACUACUACUACUACUACUACUACUACUACUACUACUACUACUACUACUACUACUACUACUGAGGAGGAGGAGGAAGAGGAAGAGGAGAGGGGGCGAGGACCAAAAAGAAAAGAAUGAGUGCUAGGAAUCAAGAAGGAAAGCAAGGCCAGACUUAAGAAGAUUAAUGGAGAGUAUUAGCAGUCGAACCCGUGCAGCAGGAAAAGCAGGAGGUGGAGGAGAGAGAGAGAGAGAGAGAGAGAGAGAGAGAGAGAGAGAGAGAGAGAGAGAGAGAGAGAGAGAGAGAGAGAGAGAGAGAGAGAGGACAAGAGUGAACAUGAGGAAUGGAACCCGCCCCAAGGAAAGGCAGUAGUGUGAGGGUAUGAGUGAAUAUGAGGACAUUAACCCUGCUACUGUAUAUCCUCCUUCCUAUGAUUUCAAGGCAUUUAUCCUCCGAUUUUGGAUAACAUUUUUAACCUUUCUUCAGGGUCUAGCACCUCAGUGGUCUUUUUUUUUUUCUCGUUCUUUUUGUUGCCCUAGGCCAGCGCCACUCUUACAUAACGAAGAGGGGGGAAGAGGAAGGGGACAAGAAAGGUAGUGAGUACUAGGCUGUAGUGUAGUGGAAGUUACUAGGGUUUUCAAGGGUGUUUUUCAUGAUUGUACAGUUUAACAGGCUGUAGUGGAAGUUACUAGGGUUUUCAAGGAUGUUUUUCAUGAUUGUACAGUUUAACAGGCUGUAGUGGAAGUUACUAGGGUUUUCAAGGAUGUUUUUCAUGAUUGUACAGUUUAACAGGCUGUAGUGGAAGUUACUGGGGUUUUCAAGGGUGUUUUUCAUGAUUGUACAGUUUAACAGGCUGUAGUGGAAGUUACUGGGGUUUUCAAGGGUGUUUUUCAUGAUUGUACAGUUUAACAGGCUGUAGUGGAAGUUAUUGGGGUUUUCAAGGGUGUUUUUCAUGAUGGUACAGUUUAACAGGCUGUAGUGGAAGUUACUAGGGUUUUCAAGGGUGUUUUUCAUGAUUGUACAGUUUAACAGGCUGUAGUGGAAGUUACUAGGGUUUUCAAGGAUGUUUUUCAUGAUUGUACAGUUUAACAGGCUGUAGUGGAAGUUACUAGGGUUUUCAAGGAUGUUUUUCAUGAUUGUACAGUUUAACAGGCUGUAGUGGAAGUUACUAGGGUUUUCAAGGAUGUUUUUCAUGAUUGUACAGUUUAACAGGCUGUAGUGGAAGUUACUAGGGUUUUCAAGGGUGUUUUUCAUGAUUGUACAGUUUAACAGGCUGUAGUGGAAGUUACUAGGGUUUUCAAGGAUGUUUUUCAUGAUUGUACAGUUUAACAAUUAUUCUGCCUCACCAGUGAAAAAAACACCUUUAAUAGCCUGACCAACUGUGUGUGGCCUUGCAGAACAGUGAGAGAGAGAGAGAGAGAGAGAGAGAGAGAGAGAGAGAGAGAGAGAGAGAGGGGUGGGUGUUGUUUGGGAGUGUUAACCAAGAAAUGACAGAUACAUAGUCAAGUAUAUAUGUGUAUAAUUUUAGUGUGUGCCUUUCCCCUGUGGUAUUUGUGUUUAUUUGAGACGGGCAGGAGAAAUUGUUUAGCCUGGUCUUCAGACUCUCUUCUCAGGGUGUAAUGUCACCUAACUAAUAAAAUGUUGAUUAUUA